AUGAAAAGGUACGAGAAAACAACGACUGCUUUGCUCGAAGCCAAAUGGAAGAUUGAGGAUCUCCAAAAGAACAACAACAUGCUCGGUAGAAAGUUGUUUGCUUCUGAUAACAAAUUUGUCAAACUUUCGAAAAAGGUCAUAGACUUUGAAAGCAAG